CCGACGCUCAGCAUAUCCAUCGCUAACUGCAACUCGUUUACAAGAGGGAACAUUGUCCUGCAACUUCUGAGAGAGCAUGGCGCUGUCGUCGGAGCCGGAGCCGCCGUUCCGGCCGAGGGAGAAGAUCUUGCAGAAGCAGCGGUACUUCCAGAGCGUCCACAGGCCGACUUACCUUAAAGGCCGCUACGACAUCGUCACCUCCGUGGCCAUCCCUCUCGCCCUGGCCGCCUCCAGCGUGUUCCUCGUUGGUCGCGGGAUCUACAACAUGUCUCACGGCAUCGGAAAGAAGGAAUGAAGGUUCAGGAGAUCGACCAAAGCCCUUCUAUCUGUAACAUAGUGCCCUUGUGCAGGUCUACUACGUGAUGAAAGCUUGUACAGUUGUACUAUUUACAUAUCUUCGAGAAAAGAUUUGUGCAGUUCAAGCCUGGAUUACCAACGUACAAGACACUGCAGAACUUAGAAUACUCAGAUAAGACGGCUUGGAAGUUGGACGAGAAAAGAUAGUACAGUACGUAGUAGUUCAGAUGUAACAUCAGGACUUCUAAAGAGUCAGAAGAUGCUAUAGCCUUUCGCCAGUAAAUCCAGGGAGAGGCAUACUUUGAUGUUACAUUAUACUCUCGUUUACACUUUACAGAUUGUUGCAUCUACAGUACCUCUCUUAGGUUGUGAUGGAAGCUAUAUGACCUUGUCAAUGCGGGUAUAUCAACCACUGUGGAUUUUGAAA